UGUUCAUGAUGACAUCUCUGAAGUUCGCUUCAUGUCUGACUGGUCUGUUCUUGUGGAGAAUAGCCUUUGUAACUAAUCUCAAGAUGUCCUCAUCGGUGCGUCAAGACAGUGGUUUUAUACCAGCUAAAGUUGGAGACAAUGUGACUUUGCAAUGUUUCUAUGAAGGUAAAGCUGCGAUGAUGUUCUACUGGUAUAAACAAACUCUGGGACAGAGACCAAAGCGCAUCUCCUCCUACUAUAUAUAUGACAAAAUUGGUACUUUUACUCACAAAUUCAAAAACUAUCAACGGUUUUCAUUGGAGACUGAUAAUGGUAAGAACCACUUGACGAUCUUGGAUUUACACAUUUCAGACUCAGCAACUUACUACUGCAUAGGUUGCUCUGCAUUCAAGUUUGAAUUUGUGGAGGGUGUUACUGUCAGUGUACAGGGUUCAGGUUUGAACAUCCAGGCUUGGGUCCAUCAGUCCGGAUCUGAGACCAUCCAGCCAGGAGGCUCUGUGACUCUCACCUGUACAGUACACACUGGGACCUGUGAUGGAGAACACAGUGUUUACUGGUUCAAAGACUUUGAAGAUUCUCAUCCAGGACUCAUUUACACUCAUGGAGACAGGAAUGAUCAGUGUGAGAGGAAACCUGAGACACAAACACAAACCUGUGUCUACAACUUGCAGAUGAAGAGUCUGAACCGUUCUCAUGCUGGGACCUACUACUGUGCUGUUGCCUCAUGUGGACACAUACUGUUUGGAGACAGGACCAAGCUGGACUUUGAGGAUGAGGGAGACAUUCUUGUCUUGGUGUAUUUCCUGAGUGGAGCUUUGGCAUUCACCACCAUCCUGAGUGUUUCACUGGCUUUCUCACUGUACAAGAUAAUCAAGAGAGACCGCUGCCACUGCACAGAGUCUCGAGCAAGACUUUCAGCUCCGUCCACAGCUAACGCAGAGGGUUAUGAAGAUUCAGACAACCUCCAUUAUGCUGCUUUAAGGGAACCAAGAGUCAACCGAACAUCAAGGCAGAGGGAUGACACCUUGACUCAAUGUGUGUACUCUGGUGUGAGGCAGUAGAACUGUCCGAUCUGUACUUUGUUUCUAUGGAAGUGGUAAUUUUCUUAACCUGUGUUUUGAGACGUAAUGUAGACUUUCUUUAAAUAGGAGAAGUUAAACAGGAAUCGUGAUGAUAGUGAUGAUAAAUGUAAAAGUCUUGGGUUGCAGUACUUGAACAAGCUUGAGCUGUAUGAGGUGUGUUUUGAUAUGUUGUGGCAAAGGUGACAUAUUUGCACUGUCACUUUACCCACUGCAUCAGUCUCUCAGUGCUGCACUAAACGCACCAUCACCGUACCAUAUGAUAAAUAAAAACAUGCCACAUGUUACUUUUGAGAUUUGAUGGCUAAAGAACUACAAAAUCUAGUCCUCUGUACUUGGGAACAUCUGUUAUAUUUAUGUUUGUCAUAGAUGUUGUUUCAGACUCAGUGCUGGAACAAUCUCUUCUUUUAUAGCUUCCCUUGUGGUCUGCAGUCAAUAGAUGAGAUCGCUGCAUGCUGUGCUAAGGGUCGCUAAUGUGCAUAUUCAUACACCUCUGCUUUUGUUUUUGUAUCAGUGUUCAUUUUUUUUUAUUGCCAAAGCAACUUUCUAUUUUAAAGUUGUUCAGUAGAUAUAUAUAUAUACAUAGUAGAUAUAUAUUAAUGUUGUAUAUUUUUUUUGUUUUGUUUUGUUUUUAAUGAAACCAGUACAUUCAAAAUGCCAGAUUCAAUGAUGUGGUACGAGAGCAAAAGACUAUAAUGGAAAUAAAUUUUUAACUAUUUUGUUAUUAGUUGUUUUAUCAUAUAUAAUUUUCAACCAAAUGCAGUGUUGUGCUUUUUUGUGUUAUUAAUGAUUAAAUCACUGUGAUUUAAUCAUGUUACACUGAGAAAAUGUGUGGGUGUAUAGUAUAUAAACUAUAAAUAUCAUACAGUACGUGUAAUGUCAGAAAGUGAGAAGGGAAGCUUACAUCAUUACUGUUGUGUUAAUAUGAUGCUUACUAUACGACUGAAGUCAUUAAAGACAU